AUGUUAUUGUUUAAUUGGACGAGGUAUGAUAUCCAACUAAAUCCCAAGUUAUCGAAGUGUUCACCGUAAAAAUUAUCGAACCUGCGUUUGAUUAGGGUUUACACUUCGGAACUCUGAAUUCUGAGCGGCAUGGGAAAGAAGGAGAAGUCGAAAGCCAAUGCAAGAGAGCACGAACAAGUCGGCGAAGCAACCGACAAUCUCGACGGCGCUUCCACGCCAUCACUCGUGUUCAGUAGCGAUGAUGAUGACGACGAAGCCAAUCAAGAUCUGAGUCUCAGAAUCGUGGAAAAGGCCCUACGGGCGCGAGAGGCAAAGCUUGCAAUAAACGACGCCGUUUUAAACGGUGUUGAUUCUUCUCUGGUUUCGCCAUCGCAGCAAUCUGAAUUCAAGGUGAUGCAAAGCGACGGCGUUUUGGAUGGGUCGAGUGGGAUCACUGCUUGGGAAGUGAUGGAAGAGAAGAAAACGACGAAGCUGAUGGUGGACUCUGGGGAUUCAAGUGUUAUUGUAGCUUCAGAUCAGGAGGUGGAAGAGAUAAUCAAAACUACAGAGAACCGUGAGUCUGUGGAUCUGGAAGCAAGUUCGGGUCAGAUAGGCGACAAUGUGGUUCUGCGAAAGCUGCUUCGGGGUCCAAGAUAUUUUGAUCCUCCAGAUAGUAGUUGGGGAGCAUGCUAUAAUUGUGGCGAGGAAGGUCAUGCUGCUGUAAACUGUACAGAAGCGAAGCGGAUGAAACCUUGCUAUGUAUGUGGUGGUUUGGGACACGUUGCAAAGCAAUGUACUAAGACGAAUUGCUAUAUCUGUAAGAAAGGUGGCCACCGUGCCAAAGAUUGUCCAGAGAAGCACACGUCGGCACGUGUUCCUAAAAGCUUAACGGUGUGCUUGAAGUGUGGGAAUUCUGGGCAUGAUAUGUUUUCAUGCAGGAAUGAUUAUUCACCGGAUGAUCUCAAGGAGAUUCAAUGUUAUCUCUGCAAGACAUUUGGCCAUUUGUGCUGUGUCAAUACUGCUGAUGCAAUACUGGGAGAAAUUUCUUGUUACAAAUGUGGUCAGAUGGGUCAUACUGGUUUGGCAUGUUCAAGGUCGCACGGGGAGACUACUGGUGCUGCCACACCUACUUUGUGCUAUAGGUGUGGUGAAGAGGGGCAUUUUGCCCGAGAAUGCACAAGUUCUAUCAAGUCCGGGAAGAAGAAUAGCGAAUCAUGGAACACCAAAAGUCGAAGAUCCUAUAAAGAAAAUGAUUUCAUGGGGCAUUGGUCUGCACCUCAUGAUAUGGGUAAGAUGCACAAAAAGAGACGGCCUUUUACAGACGAAAGAGGCCUUACACAACCUAAGAAAUCAAAGAGUAGAGGUGGCUGGACAAGGGAGCUUCCUUCAGAAGAAAAAAGCUUUUCAACACCUAAGAAAUCAAAGAGUCGAGGUGGCUGGACAAGGGAGCUUUCUUUAGAAGAAAGAAGCUUUACAACCCCCAAGAAAUCAAAGAGUCGAGGUGGCUGGAUAAGGGAGCAUUCUACAGAAGAAAGAGUUUUUACAACCCCCAAGAAAUCAAAGAGUAGAGGUGGCUGGACAAUGGAGCAUCCUGCUGAAGAACGUGACUUUAACACUCCCAUGAAAUUCAAGAGCAGAGGUGGCUGGAUGACUGAGCACCCCGGAGAUUUCUCUUCUUCCAAGUCCAAUAGGAACAGUUGGAUGUCUGCGGGGACACCAUAUGCUAGAAGCACUAAUAUGCACGCUAGUGGUAGUGGAAGUCGAACUCCAGGUUGGAGUUCCCAAUCUUCUAAGGUGUGGAAAGGUCAACAUUCCGAAGCCUCAAAUUCCGCCUUCCAACAUAGAUACUCGUCAUCAAGGUUUGGCAACUCUAGUGAUGAUGGAUACAGGAGGAGUAAUUUGACAUCAAGGUUUGGCAAUUCUAACGAUGAUAGGAGAAGUCAUUGGUGGUAGCUUUCGCACUGGCGUUCUUUAUAGUGCCAUCUGUAAAUUAAUAAUAUUCAAUUUUCCAAUGAGUUAUUCAUUCAAUACAAUUGUCAUAAUUAUGUCUAUCGUGUUGAGAGUAGACAAUCUUAACUGGUGGUACUUGUUAUGUUAACUUUUUAUCACUUCUUUGGAUAUCUUCUGAGAAGUAUAGUAGGGUAUGUUUUGAACAUUAUCCUUUUACUAUAGUACUUAUACCAUGUUUAUUUUUUCA